GCUAGAGAGCGAGCUGCGAGCAGGCGUUAUCCAUUCCCUUCAUCUUCCGAAACUCACUCUAGCGAGCCAAAGAACUGCAAAGAGGAGGAAGCAGCAGUAGCAGCAGCAUUACGACAGAGGGAAAAAUGGCAGCCCAAGCUGCACUUCAAGCCUCCAUGGCUUCUCUUUCGAUAUCCUCAAGCUCUUUCUUCGGGGACCGCCUCUCGUUUCCUUGUACCUUCUCCCCUUUAACCGUCAAGUCGCCGGAUAAGCCAUGUCUCAUUGUUGUAAAGCUAAAACGAUGGGAGCGGAAGGAGUGCAAGCCAAACAGCCUUCCCAUCUUACAUAAGAUGCAUGUCAAGGUGGGAGAUACGGUGAAAGUGAUAGCUGGAGAUGAUAAAGGGAAAGUUGGAGAAAUUAAAAAGAUCUUCAGGCACAACAGCACUGUGGUCGUGAACGAUAUCAACUUGAAGACCAAGCAUAUGAAGAGCAGAGAACAGGAUGAACCUGGCCAGAUCAUUGUGCAUAUCUUGGGACUUCUAGUUUGGCAGAAGCUCAGGCCUUGUGCAAAGAGAGAGGAUGUUUUUUUUCUUCUUCUUUUUCCUUUCCAUAUCCUGCUUUCUUUGAGACCCAACUUGACCUCCAUCUUCGCAUAUUCCAGAUUGAAGCACCCAUCCACAGCUCAAACGUAAUGCUGUACUCAAAAGAGAAGAAUGUGGCGAGCCGUGUGGGUCACAAAGUGCUGGAAGACGGGACGCGAGUCCGGUACUUGAUUAAGACAGGUGAGAUAAUCGAUACUGCAGAAAAUUGGAAGAAACUGAAGGAAGCGAGCGAGACAGCUGAAGCAGCUGCGGCUGCUUGAUGGCAUAAUUGACAUUUGGUGGUUUUCUUGUAAGGCAUGGUCUUGUGUCUCCAUUUCCUGUCUGUUGUAGUCAUUUUUUGCUGCAAGUCCUUCAUUGAUCUGUGAAAAUUUAUGAAAAGUGAAUGGGGUUCUGAGGAUUCAAACACUACAUAUAUGUAACUUGUAUCAUCUGAGUCAUUUUUCGCCCUUUUUUGAGUUCUUUCUGUCGGCGCAUUUUAGGUGCUUGGCAGAGGCCGGAGAGUCUGAUAAUGUAUUGGUAGGAAGAAGGAACCACCACAAACAAUAAUGGGUGCUUUGCAAAUGUGGUAUUGUGUAGCAAAAAUGAUAUAGGUUAUUUGAAAAUGUGGUAUUGUUUAGGUAUUUCAAAUAAUCACCCUCGAUAUUGAAACAAUCUA